AUGGACGCGGCGGUGCAGGAGGCGAAGCUGCUGCGGCAGGUGAACGCGCUCAUCGUGGCGCACCUCCGCGACCAGAACCUCACGCAGGCCGCCGCCGCCGUGGCCGCCGCCACCAUGACCCCGCUCCCCGCCGCCACCUCCCUCCCCAACCACCUCCUCCGCCUCGUCGCCAAGGGUCUCGCGGUCGAGCAGGGGGAAGCGGCGAGGGGAGGAGGAGCUCCCGCCGCGUUUGACUCCGCUGGUGGCGGUGGUAUGGGGCGCCCGCUCGCCACCAAUGCCGUGGAUUUCAGUAUGCAGAAUGUUAAGGGCCCUUCCAAGAGCUUUUCCAAGCACGAGGCCAAGCACAUCUCUGAUCAUAAGAAUGUUGCCCGAUGCGCAAAAUUUAGUCCCGAUGGGAGAUAUUUUGCAACUGGAAGUGGAGAUACAUCGAUUAAGUUCUUUGAGGUUGCAAAAAUCAAGCAGUCGAUGUUAGGGGAUUCCAAAGACGGUGGCCGGCCUGUGGUUCGUACAUUUUAUGAUCACAUGCAGCCCAUCAAUGACCUGGAUUUUCAUCCUACUAGCCCAAUACUGAUAUCUGCAGCAAAAGAUAACACAAUAAAGUUUUUUGACUUCUCAAAAACUGCUGCAAGGAAGGCAUUCAGAGUUAUUCAGGAUACUCAUAAUGUUAGAUCUGUAUGUUUUCACCCUUGUGGGGAUUACAUUUUAGCAGGGACUGAUCACCCUAUUGCUCAUCUCUAUGACGUGAACACUUUCACAUGCUACUUAGCGUCAAAUCCGCAGGAUUGUAGUGCUGCCAUUAACCAGGUGCGCUACUCGGAUACUGGGAGCUUGUAUGUGACUGCUUCAAAGGAUGGUUCUCUGCGCAUCUGGGAUGGAAUAUCUGCUGAAUGUGUCCGUACCAUAAGUGGAGCACAUGGAUCUGCAGAAGCUACUAGUGCAAUUUUCACAAAAGACGAGAGGUACAUCCUAUCAUGUGGGAAGGAUUCUUCUAUAAAUUUAUGGGAAGUUGGCACCGGAAGACUCGUGAAGCAAUAUGCUGGUGCUGUUAACGGGCAAUUCCGAUGCCAGGCUGUCUUUAACGAAAGCGGGGAGUUUGUAAUAUCAACUGACGAACAAACCAGCGAGGUUGUCGUCUGGGAUGCACUUACCACUGAAAAGGUGGCCAGAUUGCCCUCUGGCCACACUGGCGCCCCUAGGUGGCUGGAGCACUCUCCUGUAGAGCCAGCCUUUGUUACAUGCGGAAACGACCGAUCCGUCAGAUUCUGGAAACAAACGGCGUAGAUUCAAACAAGCACUCAAAUCAGAAGAUUUGCUAUAGCAUAGUGGGGGAUAAAAGGGAAGAUUUGCUCGUGUGCAGUCCCUCUGUAACUCUUUUUUUUGCGAAUUGGUUCCUGUUGUAACUCUAGUAGUUGUACAUGUUCCUGAAGAUUUUACAUUGUAACAAACUUGGCAAUAAAUAUCGUGCACAG